UUUGGUCUGCUUAGUUACAGUUUGAACGUGCCGCGUGUCUGUGCCUUAUUUGUUAGAACUUAGACAGAAAUUAAAUUGAAAUAGAAUGCGUCUUUUGAGCACUAAGUUUAUUGGAAGCUCCGAGGACGAGGAAAGCGAUGAGGAAUUGAUCGAAAACGAAUCGAGCGAUGAAACAGAGCAGUCCGAUGACGAGGAGCCGGAGAAGAGCGAACAUCCAUUCACGGCUGACUCGCAGUCGAACGAUGAGUAUAGCGUUGAGGAGGAGCAUAAUGGCGAGCAUCCGUAUCCCACGCCGCCGCCAGAUGCGGAGGGGAAUAAUUUGCUGGGCAACGGCCUUAAAAAGAUAACAAUCAAAGACUCCAAGCCGAAGACGGCAAAAGAAACAAAAACCAAUAUGGCGGGACCAAAGAAAACCAAGCCCACAGCGGAGGCCAAGAAGGAGCCAGCGCCUGGACCGACAAACGUGAACAGUUCCGCCGGCUCAUCCGAGCCGGUUGUGUUGAAUGUGGCCAAGAAGGGGUCCAUACUGGCGCACUCUCUGACAGCCAUCAGGGCAUUGAACAGUCGCUCCGGCUCCUCGGUGCUAGCCAUAAUCAAGUACAUGAAGUCCAACGGCUACGAGGUGACCGAUGCCCGGCGCAUGGCCAAGUCUGUGCAAAGGGCGCUCAAAAUUGCCGUUGCCAAGGGCGAAGUGGAGCAGGUGAGGCGCUCGUUUAAGUUGUCGCCGGCGGCCAAGCUUGCGUCCAAGGCCAAGCAGAACAUGAAGGCCAAAAAGCAAAAGAAGUUGGCCAAAGAGAAACAGCCCAAAUCGGCGACCAAGCCGGAGUCAGAGAAGACCGAAAAGGCCAAGGCGGCGCCGCCAGCUGCUGAGGAGAAGCCCGAUAAGCCGAUGCAGCGCAAAAAGAAGGCGUCGGAGCGUUCAACAAAUGAGCCGCCCAAGAAGAAGGCAAACGCCAAGCUGGCCGACGCUGCGGGCAAGGCCAAAGCAGCUCAGGCCGCACUCGAGGAGGAGUCCACUAAGCCCAAGCCAAAAGCUAAGCCAGCGAAAACUGCCGUGGUCAGCCCAGAUGUGAUUCCGACCAGCGAAGAGACGGCAACGGCCAAGUCGAAGGCGCCGCGCAAAUCGAUCGGAACUCUGGCGCAGAAUACGGCCAGGCCGAAGCUGCAGACCAAAUCCAUCAAGAAGCUGGUGUCGGGCAAAAGAAACGUUGACGAGGUGGACUCCGGCCUAAUGGAUUCCGUGCCAAAUGAGGCUUCCACGCCGAUCGCAGCGGUCAAACAAAAGCGCGCGGGCCGACAGAUGAAGUAAUCGGAGCGAAUCGAAUAUCAAAUUUGAUUUAAGUUAAUUCACGGUUUUCCUUUUGUAUUAAAUGUUUUUUACGUUCUUACUUUUAAGUUUUGAGUCCUCGUUUAUCAAUAUAUUAAUGCACACUUUUAAGCCGACCCGAAGAAUAAACUAUAUAUACCAUCGA